AGUCCAAGCCCGUGUACGUGUGCGUGUAUGUGUGUAUAUAGACACACACACCCCCACGCAUGUCACGCACACUACGGCAGGAACUUAAUAGAAGGGCCAGUUGAAGGCCGGCAGGAUAUGGCAGGAGACGAAGAGCUUACGCUGCUCGGGCUGUGGGCAAGCCCGUUCGUGAUCAGAGCGCGCAUCGCGCUCAACCUGAAAGGCCUCAGCUACGGCUACACCGAGGAGAGCCUCUACGACAAGAGCGACCUCCUCGUCAGGUCUAACCCAGUGCACAAGAAAGUGCCCGUCCUCAUCCACAACGGCAAGCCCGUCUGCGAGUCUCAAAACAUCGUGUCGUACGUCGACGAGGUUUUCCCUGGCAGCGGCCAGUCCAUCCUCCCCUCCGAUCCAUAUGAUCGCGCCGUUGCUCGCUUCUGGGCCUCCUACGUCGAUGACAAGUUGUACAGCACGUGGGUGCCCGUCUUCAGGGGCAGCACAAGCAAGGAGAGGGUGGAGGCGGCGACACGGGUCAUCGCCGUCCUGGAGACGUUCGAGCAGCGAGCGUUCGGAGGGUGCUCGCGCUCCAAUGGCGGCCGGGCCAUGGCGGCGUUCUUCGGAGGGGACAGCGUCGGGCUCGUGGAUGUCGUGCUCGGCAGCCUCCUUGGGUGGUUGCAGGCCACCGAGGCCAUCUGCGGGGUCAAGGUCAUCGACGCCGCCAGGACGCCGCUCGUGGCAGCAUGGGCGGAGAGGUUCCGCGCCAUCGACGGCGUCAAGGAGGUGAUACCGGAUGUGGCGAGGCUAGUGGAGUAUAACAAGGGGAGGCGGGCUCGCCUUGGGCUGCCGUUGCUGCUGCCGUCUGUUGAGUUGCUGCAGUAACAAGCUAGCUACUCCUAUCCUUAAUUGAUCAGUACGUGAUGCGCCUGGUGAUCGAGUGCAGCUCCUAUCUUUAUUUGAAGCCCGGUCAAACAAAAUCACGUGCAGAAAUGGACGUCAAAACGAAACUACUGCAGCAGCGGAGGCAUACAAAAUAUAUACUUCUUUGAUUUUUUUUUUGCGAAAGAAUAUACUUUUUUGAUUUAACUAUGAAUAUAUGUAUUACGUGGCAUGCAUGAGCUACGCACGUCUGGUUUUCGUUUUAUAUUUUAAGCUGGCACAUUGGUAUUUGCAAUCGAUUGGUUAGAUCAUUGCAGCCAACUACGGGUGGGUACAAAACCAGAUACCCAACUAUGGGAAAUCUUUUCAUAGGUGACGUUUUAUUUAUGUCAAAAAAACCAAAAUUUGAUCA